UUGGAACAGCAGAGCAAAACGUUGUUGGCUGAACAGGUGCCAACUAGACAUGGCCUUUAUAGUUUUGGCUGCCGUGUACCGAAUAGCUGGUCCACUGGCAGCCAUGAUCGUCAACGACCAGCUCCGGUGAAAAGCACUGGAGGAUGCCUCUCAUUGUUGACGGCGUGAAGAGAGACCUUACCUCAGUUGAAGGGUGGCUGAAGAUGAAAGUGGUAGAAUGGGGCAGGCAGAAGAUGCAGGAGGGAGACUACGAGAAAGCUGCUCAGCACUUUUGCAUGGCCUUGGACUUGAGACCUGGGUUCUUGCAAGCUCUUGUCUCCAGAGGCUUUUGUUACCUCGCCAUGGGGGAGGAGGACCGGGCUCAAAAAGACUUUGCGGAGGUGGUCCAUAAGGAUGCUUCGUUCAACCGCAACAUCUAUGUUCUGAUGUCUUUGUCUUUAAAGCGCUCUGGUGAUUUGACUGGCGCCAUUCGCUACUUGAAUCGCUGUCUCAGCAUCUUCCCUGGCUUCAAGCCAGCUUUGCUCGCGCGCGGAGAGCUCUGCCUAAAGGUCCAAGACUUUGAGCGAGCGAGGGCUGACUUCCGACAAGUCCUCACGGAAGAGCCGGUGCACUUGGUAGCUCGCCGUGGCUUGGCAGAUGCGUUGCGUGGCCUGGGAAACUUCUUAGAGGCCCUUCGCCAAUACAGCCGUGCCAUCAGCGACACUUCGCAGGCAAUAGAGCACCAGAUGGAACAAACGAAAAGGGCAGGAGAAGAAGCGCAGGAAGAACCAGAGGAAGAACAGGAUGCAGAGCUCCAAGAACAGCUCUUCGAGGGACCUCAGGAGAAGUCACCGGAGAGGAGUGUUGAGGAGACUGAGGGGACUGAGGAGACUAGAGGUGAGCCUCCGCCUGCUCUGCACGAGUCGGAGAUGGACAGUCCUUCAAAGCACUCCUUCAACGAGGAAACUCCUGGACGCAGGGAAGAAGAGCAGCUCAUGGCUGAGCCCCAACAGCUCAGGGCUUUUCUGGUUGAGCUUUUGAUGCGUCGUGCCUUGGUGCUGCGCCUGAUGGGGAAUCUGGAAGCGGCCGGCAGCGACUUCUUGGACGUCUUAGAGCUUGAGCCUGAGGAGGGCUUUGCGCUCUUCUGGUAUGGUAAGAUCCUGAUUGAGCAGCAGAGACACCAAGAGGCUGCAUCUUAUCUUCACGCUUCCAUUGAGCACCAUGAGAAGACCCGAGUGGCUGCGCAUGCUAUUUUGGGUGCUUUGAUGAUGAUGCGGUCGGACCCAAACUUCCCACUUGCACUACGCCACUUGAACGAGGCUGCGAGGUUGGCUCCCUCAUCUCAGUCCGUUCGACUAACCUUGUGGAUAUGUUCGGCUGCAGUGGCUUUGAGUGGCAAAGCACGCGAUCCAAAGAAAGCCCUGAGUCUGCUCGAUCGCACCCUUGCCUGUCUAGAGGCAGAGCCCAAGGAAUCAGUCGGUGGAGCUUCAGGUUCUCGCACGGCUCGAGCAUCAUGUGGUCACGUAGCUGGAAGUGGAGGCGCCGCUGCAGCUGCAUUGUCUGCUCGCAGCCGCAGUGCUGAGGAGGCCCGGUGGCUGGCUGCACGGACUCUGGUGAAGAACCAGCAGGACUUAGCCAAAGGGGACGACCUUCAGCAAGCGCUGGAAUGCCGCACCUACUUGCAACUGGUUGCCAGGGAGCCGCAGCAAAGAGCUGCUCCGGUACCUUCCCUGCUCUUCCAACUGCGGGUGACGGCGUUGUGUGACCUUUGCCGGUGGGAAGACGCUGUUGCAGAUUGUCGGCAAGCUUUAUUGGUUGAUCCUGGUGACGAAGCCAUCCAAUUCACCAUGCAUGUCUCUGCUGGAAUCUUGAAGUUCCAAGAGUUGAAGUUCGAGGCAGCCAUCGGCUGCUUCACCAAAGCCCUGCGGCUGCAGCCGGUGAAUGUGCAGACGCGCUUGCACCGAGCCAUUGCAUUGGCCUGUGCAGCCUGGGAUCGUGGGAAGGAGGGUGCGGCGCCAGAGAAUGCGCGAGUGGUUCAACUGCUUACAGAUGCAGUACAAGAUCUGGAGGCAGUGGACCAACAGGCGAUGAUUGCCGGCCUCUCAGCCCCAUUGGGGGCCGCACACUUGAGGGCAGCCUGUCUUUGCAGCCUGGGCCGGCCAGAUGACGCCUGGGAGGCGCUCUGUGAGAGUGGCAGGCGCUGCUCUGGCCGUCGCUCCAACGUGGAAGGCUAUGACCUCUCCGCACCCCGCCAGCGGUCCUUAGAGGCUGAAGUUCUGGUGCUCCUGGAGCGGCAUUCAGAAGCCAUCGAGGCAUGCUCUGCAGUCCUGGCGCUGAACAACAGGGGUCAUGCUGAUGCUCGAGUCAUGCGGGCAUGGUGCCUCUCAGAGAUUGGCGAGGUUGAAGCCGCUUUUGAGGAUGUGGCUGCAGCUCUCAUUCUGGCGCCAGACCGGGCUGACAUCCAUGAGGUUUACGGGGAUCUCUGCUUUCAGUACGGUCGCCUUUCGGAGGCCCACAAUGCGUUUGGGACUGCCAUCAAGUUGCGAGAGCCAAUGACAGCCAGGCUGGCCUUCAAGCGAGCACUGGCACACCUCAAAGUUGGAAAUCUCAAUGGUGCAGAACAGGAGCUUGGCAGGGCUGUACGUGCACGUCCAGGGAUGCCUUCUGCAGUCCGAGCGAAAGAUGGAGUUGGCAUCCUUUCAGUCAUGCUGAAGGAGAAUUGGCGCCAUGCACAUGUUAGGCUGGGCAUGAUGUUGCAGUCUGGCAACGUCGCAUCUUCUGAUGGCCUGCCAGUCAUUUUCCUUCCACAUGAACUGAUGGUCUACAGGGGAGCUUGCUCGCUUUACCUCGGAGAUUCGACCGCGGUUCAGGACUUUACGGCGGCCUUAGAUUUGGCCAGGCAUUUCGCUUCGGAGGCGACUUGGGAACGGCAGGCAUCUGAGCCAUGCCCAGAAACAGCAUCCAGCGAAGGCCUCUCCUGCUUUGAAUGUGAGUGUAUGUUCAACUUGGCACUCUGCCAGUUGCGCUCCAAAGAUUUCGCGGCAGCCCUGGCCAACUUUGAGAAGCUUUGUGAUCGCUUGGAGGAGUUGCAAGUUGCAGGCGACAGCGCCCAUGGGCUUGCGUGGUUCCUCUAUGGCAUUUGCCAUUUGGCGCUGGACAGUUCCGAACACUUUGCCAAAGAUGCCUUCGCACGUUCCUACUCUUAUGACACGGCUUACGUGGAUGACUUUCUUCGGCGAAACGGGAGUCGGAUGAGCCAGAUCAGCCAGGAACAGCCUGUGGAGAAGUUGCGGCCCAUCGGCGGCUGUCCUCCGGUUGGGAAAGAAGAUGAGGGCAAGGAGGAUGGCGGCCCUGCAGUCGUAUGCUGCCUGCAAUUUUCGGGACCUGAGCAAGACAGCGACCAAGAUGCCGGCACCUCUCUUCGGAGCUCCACUAGGAGGCGCUUGCUCAGCUCGGCGCCGAUCCGCUUCAAGGUGCGCGAUGUGGUGAUCUGGGGACGCCCAAGCAUCAGCUGGCCAGCCACCCCGGCACCUCGCUGGAAGCCGCCGACAAGCUUGGCUCGAUGGGAUUUCUGCAGUGCAGAGGCUCGAUCUCCAUGAUGGGUGGAGGCACGAUCUGAGCAUCCUGACGAUGGCUUGCGAGAGGGCAGACUGCCAACUUCAUUGCUCAUUUGCCAGUUUCACUCAUUUCUGUCGGCAGCAAUCCGAGUCAGUCU